AGCGGUAAGAGAGAGAAGAAAGAAGAGAGAGAGAGCGAGAUAUAUCUAUAUCUCUACCUAUAUAGAUAUAUAAAUGGCAGCAGCAGAGGCGGAACAAGUUGUUUCGAAGAAGCCUGAAGAGGAGGAGCCACCACUCGCGGCGGUGAUGGAGAAGCCUAACGUCGAUAAGCCGGUUGCUCCGCCACCUCAGGACGACGGCAAGGCUCUCGCAAUUGUCCCAGAACCUGCUGAAAAGAAAAGCUCAAAAGGAUCUCUUGAUAGAGAUGUUGCUCUUGCGAAGCUUGAGGAUGAGAAGAGGUUGUCUUUUAUCAAGGCAUGGGAAGAAAGUGAAAAGACCAAAGUGGAGAACAAGGCGCAAAAGAAGUUGGCUGAUGUUGCUGCAUGGGAAAACAGCAAGAAGGCGUCCCUUGAAAGCCAACUGAAAAAAAUUGAGGAACAACUGGAGAAGAAGAAAGCAGAAUACGCAGAAAAAAUGAAGAACAAGGUCGCACUGGUUCACAAGCAGGCCGAGGAGAAGAGAGCGAUGGUUGAAGCCAGACGCGGAGAAGAGAUCCUCAAAGCAGAGGAGAUGGCAGCUAAGUACCGCGCAACAGGACAAGCUCCUAAGAAAGCUUUUGGAUGCCUCGGAGGUUAAGGUUUUAUUAGGUCGGUAAUGAAUUGUCAAGGAUGCCGCCAAGUUUGAGUUUUCACCGUAAAAUUUUGUUUUUGCUUUUGUGGUUUUGUAUGGUUUAGGGUCUCAGGAAACGGAUGUUAGAACCAUUUCCUAUUGGUGAUGCUGUAUAGUAUGUGUACUUCCGGCUUGCGUAAAAGACUGUUUUCAAAUAAGUUUCAGUCUGACGGUGCUCAGGACACCGUCCUUACUGUC